CACCAACUGGGGCUGAAAGAUCGAAAUGACCGUUGUGCGCAGAUCGUUCUCCACUUUCACACACAAAGAUGGCGCCAAGCAAGCGUAUGAGUUGUUUGGCGCAGGGCAUGUUGGGAAGCGCAUACCCCUAGUCCUGGUCAACGGGAUGAGCAUGCUAAGAGGCGACUGGCAGCGUCUGGUUGACUGUCUCGCCCCAAUAAGACCUGUCUUGAUUUUUGACCACAGGGGUAUGGGCGACUCUUCAUUCUCCACCGAAGGGAAUGAAGCCGUAACGCUAGAGUCGAUGGCCAAGGAUCUUUUGGAACUCGUGGCCUCCUUCGGAUGGAAGGAAGUGGCCAUUUGCGGAUAUUCCAUGGGAGGCGCCAUCACACAACAGCUCCUCUUCCUCCCCUUCCACCCAACCAACCCAACCCCGCUUCCCUUCCGCGUCACCCACGCGUUCCUGACCGCGACGUUAUGCGAGAAGCAGAAUAACCCUUCGUUUGGCCGUCAGUUUAAGGAGAUGCCCCCUCCCAAGAACGGAGUGAAGCGGACUUUCGAGGAGAAGCGGGAACUUGCACGACCAACCACGGAAAUGACCUUUGAUCCAGCUUGGAUAGCCAACAAUCCGGAAAGGUUUGAGUGGUGGCUUGACCAAAUGACAUUCGGGAGGCCUGUUCGAACAAUUCUAAUGCAAGCCCGCACGCUUGGCCGCAUAAACUUCGACCGGUUCCACGAGAGAAUCCCCAGAGAGACGAGGAUCCUAGUUCUCCACGGAAGACUAGACCAGGUCUUGCCUUAUGCCGCUUCCAGGGAGGUAUUGAGACGUAUCCCAUGGGCAAAGGACCUUGAAGUUGGCGACAAACCCGGUCAAGUUCCUAACCUGGAAUUCGGGCACCAAUGGUUCGAAUACUUCGACAUCAAUGUUUGGAGGGACGUCUUCGAGGUGUUCAUGAAUGAUCCUCCGGCAGGGCCUCAGGCGCGCUUGUAG